ACAAACGCACCACUUCCACGCCGCGUCACCCACGUUUCCUCCGCUUUUUCGGCACAUUCGCGCGACAGUCGCGCGCGAGAAAGCGUCUCGGUAGCAAGCAGCUGAUCGCUUACCGAGAAGAAGAGAACGCGGUUCGUGAAAAACGGUAAAAGACGCGCGUCAUCGCAUUCCGCGCUUUCCCACCGAGGAUUUGGCGUGCACCCCGAAAUGACGAAACGAUGAAUGCCAAACAUAGAAUUCAAUCUUGUCACGUGUAAUAUUAUACGGAGACAAUUAAAGUCACCGUGUGAACGAGAGAGCUCGCAACAGAAUGGAAUCUACCUGAAAAGCAGACACACCAGCCUUAUAUCGGAUUACGUCGGUUUAUGCGUCUCUUCCUAAUUCCACGCUUGAUCGAUCUCAGGCAACCACGUCAUGUCUAAAUACAAUGUCAAAGAGGAGUACGAUAUGGAGAACCGUAGGGAGGUAACAUUGACUGGCUUCAGCAGUAACGCGCUUGACGAUGUUCUUCGCAGCAACAAUAAUGAAUCGAAUACCCUAAACGGUAAUCCCGGCGGUGCUCAUGCCAUCACUAAAGAUGCGAAAAUUGUUAAUCUCGAAGUACCACAAAAUUCCGAUAAGAAUGCUUUAUGUACUUCUGGAAGAAGAUGGCUUUCUCGACAAGUGAAAAGAUCUUGUAGAAAAAAAUUGUUGUUCAAAAGGAUUCCAAUCUUAGCGUGGUUACCAAAUUAUCGAAGAGAAUACAUAGUGAGUGAUCUAGUGGCUGGUAUUACCGUAGGCCUCACCGUCAUACCGCAAGCUAUAGCGUACGCUAACGUUGCCGGACUCCCAUUACAGUAUGGGCUCUACUCGUCCUUUAUGGCCUGUUUCGUGUAUACAAUUUUUGGCUCUUGGAAGGAUGUACCUGUAGGACCAACCGCGAUUGCCGCAAUUCUGACGAGGGAAACGUUACAAAAGGCCCAUCUGGGACCCGACUUCGCCGUAUUAUUGUGUUUCGUCUCGGGCUGUGUUUCCCUACUGAUGGGCAUUUUACAUUUAGGAUUUCUACUGGAUUUUAUAUCGGGGCCGGUAUCCGUGGGUUUCACAUCGGCGGCAUCGAUUAUCAUCGCUACCAGCCAGGUGAAAGAUAUUCUCGGCCUCAAAGUUACCGGUACUAAAUUCGUGCAAGUCUGGCAAAGUAUCUUCGAGCAUAUCGGCGAGACGAGACGUUGGGAUACCGCUCUCGGAAUUGUUUGCAUAAUCAUUCUUCUGUUUCUCCGAAAGGUGAAGGAUUGGCCGUUAAUAUCAAAAAAUACUAAAGUACCGUCGCAGCUUCAACAAAUCAUUACAAAGUUGCUCUGGCUGAUUUCUACAGCCAGAAACAUCAUCGUAGUGAUCGUCUGCGCAGUAAUAUGCUGGCUCCUUGAAAAACAUCUCGGAGAAUCACCCGUCAUUUUGACGGGUCAUGUGAAACAAGGACUGCCGGAAUUCCAUUUACCGCCCUUCGAAGCUCAGAUCGGGAACGAAACAUAUACCUUCAUCGACAUGGUUUCCUCUCUAGGCACUGGUUGUCUGGUCGUCCCCAUGUUGAGUUUGCUGGAAACCAUCUCCAUUGCCAAAGUAUUCUCGGAGGGCAAGUCGAUAGACGCGACUCAAGAGAUGCUGGCAUUGGGUGCGUGCAACGUGAUAUCGUCGUUUGUAUCAUCGAUGCCCGUAAGUGGCGGCCUUAGCCGAGGCGCGGUCAAUCACUCAUCCGGAGUAAAGACUACACUCGGUGGUGUCUAUACCGGAUUAUUGGUGCUUAUAUCAUUGCAAUUCCUCACACCUUAUCUGUAUUAUAUCCCGAAAGCCGCCCUAGCAGGUGUCAUUAUCGCUGCGGUCGUCUUUAUGAUGGAGUUUCAAGUGGUGAAGCCCAUGUGGCGAAGCAAAAAAAUUGAUCUCAUACCGGCCGUGGCUACGUUCCUAUGUUGCCUUUUUAUACGACUCGAAUUGGGCAUAGUAAUCGGCAUCGGUAUAAAUCUCCUGUUCCUACUUUACGCUUCGGCUAGACCGACGUUACGGGUUCAUAAAGCUACGAGUAUUAGUGGUUGUGAAUAUCUUGUAAUAACUCCGGAUCGAAGUCUGGUAUUUCCAAGUGUCGAAUACGUACGAGCCGUCAUUAGUAAGCAAGGAUUGCGAGAGGGAACCGCUAUGCCCGUUGUAAUAGAUUCCACGCAUAUCCAAGCAGCCGAUUUCACCGCUGCAAAGGGUAUUAAAAUUUUAAUAGAGGAUUUUGCUAAGCGGGGUCAACCCUUAAUCUUUCAUAACUUAAAGCCGAGCGUUAUCGAGAUCUUUAAAGGUGUAAAACCUUCGGGGCUCACGUGCAGUUCUAGUGAACUCGAACUCAACGACUGCCUUAAAGAAUAUGCAAAUACUUCAACGGAAAGUCUCAAUCGAUAUUAAAAACAUAUAAACAAAGAUAUAAAUAAUUUGGAUCGAUUUUUUCUUUCUUGAUAAAUGUCAGUAUUAUAAUAAAAAUAUCGUAGCCUUCACGCGUUACAGAUAAUAUGUAUAUAUAUAUGUAUAUAUAUUAUUUAUGAGAGUCAAUAUAAAAUUAAUUUGUCAUUUGUAAAUCUGUGCAAUGUAGACAAAUGAAAUAUUUUUGUACUAGUACGAAAGGCGAGAGUUUAAAUUAUAAAUAUCCCAAAGUUAAUUUAGAUUAAAUUAAAUUAGAUAGGAAGAUAUAUACACAUAAUGGUGAAGAAUCUAUUAAUUAAUGCACACAAUUGAUAUACACAUAUACAUAUACAUACACACAAUUGAUGAUAUUGAGAAAAUAACAAUUUUAUAUGAAUAAAAAAAAUAGAUUAAAAAGGUAAAACAAAAUUUUUAAUUGUUUUUAUAAAAUUUUUAUAUAGUGCAUUAUUCUCAAAAAAGAUAAAUUAAAAAAUUAAAAAAUUAUAUUUUUUUCUCUAUCUUAUUCGUAUGACUUUUAAAUUAUUAUUAUAUCCACAUAAUAUCCACAUAAAUUAUAUUUUAAAAUGACAAAAGAUUCUAUAAAUUUCCGAUUUUUGUUUUCGCAGAAAGAAAAAACCAUAUAUAUAAAAUAAACGUUGUUUAUUAUAUUUUUUUUUUAUAUCAGAGAAUAAUAGAUAGAUAAAGUUGCUCUCUUCUUUGUAUGUCGGAAAUAGUGUUUCUACAAAUGUGUGUAUGAACCAUUCUGUCAUAUGUUUGAUAAAUAUGUGAAUUAUAUAAUGAUAUUACAUUCAUUAUGAAAAAAAUCCUAUAUUGAAAUUUCGUUCCAUACAUGUAAGCGAUACACAUGUAUUUUGGAAAGAUAUUAUAUAUUUUAAAAUAUCUCACAAUUGUUAAUAUACACGAUAUUGUAAAAAAUGUACAUAUAUAUAUUUAAGAAAUUA